GGCACAGAUUCAAUCUGUGAAUGAUUGACUUAUAGCCACUUCUGAAUCAAGGCCUGCUGCAAUGGCUCCUUAAUCGACUUGCUCCGAACUCGCAGCACCCGGCCACGCGUGAGCUGUGCUGCUCUUUGCGGAUCUGCAGCAUUCGUGACUCCGCCUCCCAACGUCCAACUCUCAGAUCUUUGCGUAGGUAAAAGGCGCAUCGCCAUUCGGCACCACGACUGGUUACCUUUCUCCUCUUACCCUCACACCACGGCAUGUAUACAUGCAGCUAGAGUACCUGCGACCCUUUCCAUCAUUCUUCGCAGCGCGCGACGGCGCAUUCAAACAUGGUCGAGGUGGACUUCGCACAUUUUCCAGCCGAGACACGCAGCCUGAUCCUUCGGGCUCUGGAUCCGAAGACCGUCUUUCGCUGCAGGCGCGUAUCGAAGCCCUGGCAGCACUGGAUCGACAGCGAUGAAGACAUUUGGCGCAACAUUGCAUACGCAUGGGGUCUGAUUGAGAGCCCCACUUCUCCAGUGCCAACUUGGAAGACGGAGGACAUGUUGUUGGGCUAUGCUCAUGCUACUUACGAUUCCCUUGCAAGCGCGACUGGCUACUUUGAUGAGGUGAACUCGUACGAGAGCCUUUGUAAGCACCACGCUCGUCUGACCGCUGCCUGGGACGCACCAAAUUCCUUCGUCGAGCACCUGAUGGCGCCCCCGUCGAAACGUCACCGCCCUUCGCCGACCGGCUUGCUCUCAAAUGAGCGAUACUUUCGGAAGGCGCGCAUUGUAGGCACGAGCAGGUCAGGCGAACUACACCUGGCGCUGUUUGAGACUUUGGCCACCGGUCGACAUUUUUUGCGCACAUCGCUUUCUGCGCGGAAGAAGUUUUCUGGCACGGACACGGCCAACAUCCAACCGCACCGCGCACUCAGCAAAUUCAAGAUGCCUGAUAUUGUAACACCUUGACAAAGACACCUCGAGGAUAAUUUUUUCGAGAUUAUUGGAAAGGAAGAGUCGAAUAAUUUGGCUCAUUUGCCUCAAACCCUUGAGGUGUGGAAGAAAGCCGGCG